AUGUUGAAACAUCUCAUCAUUAUCCUUUCACUUAUUCAAGUCAUCCAUUGUUUAUCUACGCGAAGCAAUAUCUGGUGGAGUCGACGUAAUGAUAAUUCUGAACGAGAAUGUAAUAUUGACUUUGAAAAUAAAAAUCCAUCUCUUGAAGGAAAAAUUUGUGGUUAUUGUUUUGUCAAAUGUCAACAACAAUUUGCUGCUUGUUUAUUAGCACAAAUGAAUCAAGUAGUAGGUGGAGCACUUGAUUUUUGUGAAAAUAUGUCGAACAAAUGUGAAGCUACUUGUUUAAGUGACAAACGAACCGGUCGAAUUGCUGUAGCAAAUUGGCCAAAAGUUGUUACAAUCUUACAACAAUUCAAUCCUAAUUCAGCAACAGAUGAUGAGAAAAAACGUUAA